UUUCAAAAGAUAAAAUGCUAUUUUGGUCAUUUUAGUUUUUGAGUGCUAUUUUUGUGAUAUAAACUUAGAAAGGUGCUAUUUUGGAGAUUUGCCCUUUUUUAUUCCAUAUUAUUAAUAUAUAGUGAUUUUUAUUUAUUUUUGUUACUAGAUAGUGAUUUUUUAAUACAUUUAACUUUUUAUUAGUUUUUUACUUACUGCUAUAUUUCAAGUUAAGUACAAUAAACUAUAUUAUUAUUUGAUUUAUAUAUUUUGUAUAUAACACAUUUUAAAUUAAUUUAUAUUAUACUUUUGACAUCUAUCCUUUUAGUAUUUUACAGAAUUUAGAAAUAAAAAUUCUGUUCUGUUCAAAUAAUGCAGCUCUAUUGUUUUAGUAAUUUUUAUGCAUAGUAGCAUAUAUCAUAUUAUUUAAGAAAAUUUAUAAUUUAAAUUUGAUUUUUCUUUAAUAUUCUAAAUGAAUUACCAAAACUUCAAAGUUUACUAAUAACAUGUUUUUAAAUAGUAUAUGAACUAAAGUUUAUUAUAUACUAUUAUAUUUUGUAUUUAAACAUUUUUAAACAAUAUAUUGUUGAUAGUUUUAAAACAAUUUUACGUCAAUCCAUUCAAUCUGGUGAUUAGAAAAGAUAUUACAUAGUUUACGAAUAAAUUUAUUUUUAGAUAAUAUAUAGUUAUAGAUAUAAGAGUUUAGCCUAUGUUAAUAAAUUUAUUUUUGUAAACAAUAUUAUAUAGUUUACAAAUUAUAACUCAUUUUAAUGAUGAGUGCUAAUUUAUUAAAAUUAAACAUUUAAAAUAUAUAUAUAUAUUUUACUUAUUUAUUACAAUUUGUAGACCAAAAAGACAAGCCAAAUUACAUAUUAGAAGACGCCAAAAAUAUAUUAAUUAUAAUGUUCAUACUACAAAAUACAACUCUAUUAUAUCGUAUUGGACAUUCUUGUGUAAUUCCAAUAGCAAUUACAAUUUUGCAGGAAGUUAUGUAUUUCAGAUAAGAACGUGGUAAGCAAUGUAAGAAUAUCUAUCUAUAUAGUCAAUGAUAUAAAAUUUGUAUUAAGAAGUUAGCUAACUAUACUAUUAGAAGUUUUGUAGGUAAGACAACUGUAAUUUCGUAUGAAUUUCUUAUGCUUUGUAUGAAUGAUAUUGUUUUGGUUGCACUCGCAGACCUAAUAAUUUUACAAAAAAAGUAUGUACAUAUAUUAUCAAUUCAAACAACAUUAGAAUAAAUUUUUUUUAUAUUUAUGAAAUAUUUAAUAAUUAACGGAAUAUUAAUUUAAAUAUAUUAUAACUUUGUAAUACUGGUGAAUGUAUGUCCUUGCUUAAAAUCACAUGUUUUACAGUGAUAUCUCACAUGCAACACAUUCCUCAAAGAAUCCACCAACUUCAGGAAGUAAUUUCAGUGCGCCCUAUCACGGUUUGUAUAAGAAGUGUUUGGGACAUCAGAAAACACCAAGCGGAUAAUACUAAAAUUUGCAUCGGCUUCAUGUGCUACGACCACCACAUAAGCCUUUUAUUAAAACUUUAACAUAUACAUAUAUAUGUGUUCCCAAUCCAACAUAUUUGGUUUAAAAUACUCACUACUUACUUAAUUGGUUCGGCACAUCAAAAUUUGUUCACAUUCAGGGACAACUAUUUAGAAGGUCGGUUCACCGGAAACAUUCAGCCAAAUGAUCCAAAAAAUUUAACCGAGGAAGAUAUAUUUGAAUUUUCAGGAUUUUCUGUCAUACAUAAUUCACGACAUCGAAAAAUCACCCAACUGCCGUAUUACAUUCAGAUCGAUCAAAAGACAAUAACAUCGAAAGUUACAGACAUUGGUCCAAUAUUUUCAGUUCACAAUUUCUCUCCUCAGAAUUACAAAAUCUAUUGUGCUUAGCCACUACACCCACCUACUUACCAGGCAAGUAAGUCAGCCCAAUAUCAAUUAAACAAAUAUGGAUGUUCAUUCUAACUCAUAAUCAAUAUGCAGAUGUCGUCGGUCAGAUACUCAUAAUACAAAAAAUAAAUCCGUACUACCCAGAAUUCAAUAUUGAUGCCACAAUUGGUCUACGACUGAACAUGUAAGUCUAACACAGUAGGUAAAACGAAAUCAUAAUUCUCUUCAUACAUACACCUCUAUCUCAGGUCGACAAUUGUUAAACUCAUACUGCGCGACAAGCAAGCGGCAGAUUUUAGCAUCCUACAAAACAAGAAGAAUAGGAAAUUUAAAGUUGUUAUCAUCACAAGCAUAAUUCCUAUACUUUUCCAAGGUAAAUAAUUUUGUUAAACACAUCAAAACAUAAUACAUAUCUAAUUUUUUUUUAUCAACAGAACAAUAAUAUUCAAUAUUUUUCAGGCAAACUACUACUCAGUUCAUCACCAGCAACAAAAUUUCUAAUUCAACAAAUCAAUUGAUUACAUAAAGCAUUUCAAAAGGCGAAUAAGAAAUCAUGCAGAAGCAUGCAGGAAAGAGUGACUUUAAUUCAUGCAUCAUCCAUAUUAUUAUGAGAAAAUUACUAGAAUGUUACGCAUUUUAUGGUUUAUUACUAGAAUGUUGUACAUCUUUGUUUUAUUACUAGAAUGUUUUCUCUUUCCUAGUAAUUUACAAUAAGGGGCUUUUGUUAUGUUUUAUUUUCUGAAACUAAUUUUAAAGAUCAAAGCCACAUCAGUUAUUAAAAAUCCACAUCACAUCAGUUAUUUUCUGAAACCAAACCGUCUCUAUCACUAUCACUAUCAUACAUACGGUUUUGUCAAAAAAAAAAAAAAAGAACACGAAGAACUGUGUUGUGUCGAAGAAGGAACCGCAAACCGAAAUCCUCUCACCCUUCGAAACCCUCGUCGACAUUGUUCUUUACUUCUUCGAACUCUCUCUAACUCUCUGUCGUUGAACUCUCUAUAACUCUCUGUCGUUGAACUCUGUCUCGUCGGAGUUUUUAGAAACCGUCGUCUGUACGAAAUCGCCUUCACCGCAUUCUCAUCAACGAGUUCAUCUUUUCCGAUGGAUGUUAGUCAAGUCGAACCACGUGAUUACCCUCCAAGACUUUACCCUUCUAACCUAGAAGGUAAAGAUAUCAAUCAUAAUUUCCGUGCAGGACAUUUCCCCCACAUUAAAGAAACAAUAGGACUCGAUGUGUGGGAAGAACUGGUGAACUCUCCCAUUGGAGUAGUUGCUAGGCUACUUUCACGCGAAAGCAUUUGGUCUGGUAGGACCGUACACUAUCUGCUAUGUAGACAGCUGCGAGUGCAUAAAAAGGAGAUAUGGUCUGUUGUGGUUGAUGAUGUUAUCAGGUUUAGCUUGCUCGAGUUUGGUGAGAUCACUGGGUUAAACACAGGUCCAUUGCCAACAGAAAGUUUUGAACCUGAUCAAUACAAAGAGUUUUGGGAGGAGUUGAAGGUGCCGCUUGGGAUGGGACCCAAGUAUGAUGAGCUGAAGGCAGCAUUAGAGUUCUGUCCUGGUUGGAGUUUUGAAAAGCGUAAGUGGUUGGGGAUGUUAUUUCUUCAAGCCAUGGGACUGUACUGUUUGCAUCACAAUUCAAGGAUACCCUUUCAAAGUGCAAUAAGGGUAUUCGACGAUGAAGCCAUGAGGUCGUAUCCAUGGGGUCGGACUGCAUACGAAGUUCUUGUUGACUCUCUGAAAACACUGUCUCCAGAUGGAAAGUCAUACACAGUAAGCGGCAUGAAGGACGUUUUAUUGGUUUGGGCGUAUGAGUCCAUCGUCUGUUUCGGUGAGAAGUUUGGGAGAGUGGUCAACAAUGAAGACGUUCCUCUUUUGCGAUGGGGUGGAAGGCGUACACGUUCAAGUUUUGAUACUGUCUUGUCUGACGAAAUCAAAGAUCAUGGCGAGGUCCGUUUGAGGAGAAUGGUUAUGAAGGAGUCAAUUGAAGAGAUGUUUCCUGUAUGGUCGGAUGAACCUGACGACCCACAACUCGUUAGGUUGGUAGAAGACAUACACGCAGGUAGAUACGUGAAAGGUUUCUGGGAAGUACAGAGGGAUGAGCAGGGGAAGGGGAAUGAGAAGAAGAAGAAGAAGAAAACGAAGGGAGUUUCAUCAGAAGCUGAGCCAUCAACAAAGAAGCAGAAGAAAGAAGCUGCUGAAACGAGAAAGGGUUCUAGCGAGGAGGAAGCUGUAUUGGACAAAGCGACUCUGACGAAUCUUGUGAGUGCUCUGCAGAAUAUUUCAGCAAAAUUUGACGCUUACGAUUUUGACCGGAACCGGCCAGUGAUGGACGAGAAGACCCUAGAUAACGUGGUGAAAGCUGUAGUGCAGCAGAGUCUGAAAGUUUUGGGGGAAAGGAAAAUUCCCGACAACGAUGCUAAACUCUCCUCCGCCGGCGUAGAAAAAUCUUUAUCGGUGACAUCAUCACCUCGUAGGAGGUCGCCACCGGAAAAGUCGGACAAAAGUCCAGUGGUAGAACCGCAGGCCCAGGAGGAGAAGUCUGUAAAAACUCCAGUGACAGAACCGCGGCAGCAGAAAAAGCCUGUCAAAAGUCCAGAGCCGCCGCAGCAGAAAGAGAAGGCUGUCAAAAGUCCGGUGCCGCCGCAGCGGAAGGAGAAGGCUGUCAAAAGUCCGGUGCCGGCGCAGCAGAAACAGCAGAAGUCAGUCAAAAGUCCAGCGUUAGCUGAGACCCCUGCAAAGAAGAAUUCGGAGCUUGAGAAGGAUACAGUGGUGAGAAGGAUUUUGGGUGAUGAUUUUAAUGAAAUUGAUUUCAUCAGUGUUUCUCCUGCAAAGAUUACUAAGGAUGCUAAGGAUGGUAAGGAUGCCAACGUUCCAGCCUAUGGACGCGGCUUACGGGGCAAGGCCAAGCGUACUGUUACUGUAAAGGAUGAGGCUAUCGAGGAUAAGAAAAAAGCACAGCGGGCAGAGGCUGCGUUGAAGAGGAAGGAGAAGCAAGAGGCUAAGAAAAAAGAGAACGAGGAGAAGAAACAGAAGAGAAAAGCGGCUGAGUUACAAAAGAAACAAGAGGCUGGGUUACAGAAGAAAAAGAAGGAAGACGAGGCUGAGUUACCGAAAAAAAAGAAGGAAAAAGAGGCUGAGUUACCGAAGAAGAAGAAAGAAGAAGAGGCUGAGUUACAGCGGUCUGAGGAAUGUGUUGUGACCAACGACGAAGUUCUUGCGGAAGAUAACGCAUUGGCGGCGGAGUCUGAUGUCGAGCCAGCUGAAUUGAUUAGAUCUUCCGUGAUAAAGGAACUUCGGGAGAAAUCAGUUAAGUUAUCUCCACAAGGGUUUUCAUUGACGAACCUUGAUUCAGCACCAGAUUUUCCGUACAUUGGAGACAAUGGACAGACGACUUGCAUGAGGAAGAACAUUACGCCUUCAUCAGUAAUAUACGACCCUUGCGCACCUGUUGAUCCGGCGCGACUGGAAAAACUGAAGCAACACAUUAAGGCAAUUCCACCCAAACCACCAGCACCUAAAGAUAAACCAGAAGAACCCUCAGCUGAUCAUGAGAGUGACUUCUACAGCAUACUCAUGCAUGAAAGACCGUGGCCUGACAAAGAAUAUGGAUGGGUGUUUGAUAAUCAUAUCGCUGCGUAUAUGAACGUCCUCAUACAAAGGUCCAUGCGAGAUCCCACUCCAUUCUGGUCCAAGCGGAUUGGUUUCAUAGACCCUUGGUUGUUAAGUUCUUGGGCUUCCCUCGAUUACAGGCAGUUCAGGAUGAAACCUGCUUCGUUCAAGUUCAAAGACUGUGGUUAUGAAGCGUUGGUAAACGGGAGAUUCCCCGAAGAAUUUACAACAAACUUGAAGUGGUAUGCAGAUGUGGAUCACGUGUACGGAUGUCUUCAAACCGGCGGUAAUCACUGGGUGGCGUUUCACGUGGAUCUGAUCAAGGAGAAGAUAGAUUGCUACGAUCCAAUCUAUGGAGAGUCAACACCCGAAAGUGAGCAAAAAAUGCUAAAUGCUUUUAGACCUCUACUGGAGAUGCUUCCCUGGAUGUUGAAUGAGCUUAUUCCUGCCGAUCUCCGAAAGCAUUCUAGGAAGAGGUUCGCAUUCAGACGGAGGAGCAAAAGAUACAUUCCACAAAACAACAUGUCAGGUGAUUGUGGGGUUUAUUCGUUGAAGUUUGUGGAGUGUCUAGCGCUUGGUGUAACUUUUGAUGGCAUAAACGAUAGUAAUAUUCAAGGGUUACGGGUGAAGAUGGCAGCAGAUAUCCUCGAGGAAGGAGGAAAUGUUGGAAUGAACAAUUUGUUUUCAUAAUGAAACUGUGUUUGUUUGUGAACCUGUGUUUGUUGUUAUGUUAACUAUUUGACUUUGGAUAACUGCUGUAAUAACUCAGUCGUAUCGAUUAGUAAUACUCAGCCAGUACUCAUUGAUAACUCAGUCAUACCUCAAACAUACCCUAGAAUCAAAAUAAUUAAUAAUUUUUCAUUCGAAUGUUAUAUAUAAAGUCCAAUUAUCAAAAUAAUUAAUAAUAACUCAAUGUGUGAGCAUGAUCUUUGUUGACUAUACGAGUUUGGAAUCGAUUAUAAUCUUGAGGUAUAUGUUGUCUCUUACGAGUACCUAAAACUCUAGGCAGUGAUAUGAGGUGUGAGCAUGAUUCAAAACACGUAAACUGUUAUUGUGUUAUUUAUUAUGAAUUUGUGAUAUUUAUCAUAUCUUGUGGUUCGUACAUCAUAAAUCAUAACCCUAAACAAUCUUAUUCGGAACCCAAACCCUAAAUAACUAAACCCUAUACCCUAAACGGCAAA